AUGGGCUACCAAUAUCUCACAGUUGAGCGUAAAGGCGAUGUCUUCAUCAUCACACUAAGGAAACCUCCUGAGAAUCGUCUUAAUAUUGCUUGCUGUCAAGAACUUAUCAGAGCAUAUCACUCCAUUCGGGAAGCGCUGGGCCAGGAUAGCGAAGGGGCAGUUGUAUUGACUGCCAGCCGUGCCAAAUUUUUCACUACGGGACUUGAUCUUGACGAACGGGAAGGCAACAUGUUUGCUUCUAGUGACGGCUUCUAUCCCCUUCUAGCAACCAUACUUGACUUUCCAUUCCCAACGAUAGUAUGCAUAACGGGUCAUGUCAUGGGCGGUGCUUGCCUUCUUACCCUGGCUCACGAUUACCGUGUCAUGAACUCACAGCGCGGGUUCUGGCAAAUGCCCCCUGUGAAUGCUGGUCUUCACCAUGAUGGAAUGGGGUCACUGAUUCGACUGAAGCUAGCGCCACAGGUUGCGAGAAAGGUGAUUCUGGAAGCGCACAGGUACACCGGAAAGGAGGCAUUAGAGGAUGGGAUCGUGGAUGUUAUUGCCUCUCCUGAUAAGAUGCUCGAAGAAGCGAUUAAGAUUGCAGAGCAGUGGAAGGCAAAGGCGAAGAUGGGAGUUUAUGGUUUACUCAGAAACGAACUAUGGGACCAAGCUCAUUCUGCUUAUCAGGCAGUGAGCUACGUCCACUCCAGACAGACAUCGCGGGAGCCAAAAGUAAAGCUGUAG